AUGGGCCACCGUGGGUCAUGGUUGCACACUUUCCUCUUCUGGGUGGCCGUGGCCAGUCUGCUCCUGCCCCCAGCCAUGACCCAGCAGCUGAGAGGGGCCGGGCUGGGCCCCAGCAACUGGAACAACAACGCACAAGUCAGCAGGCCCUUGGAGGACGUGUCAGCCGAGGCUGGCCACCACGCCCACAGGCAUGGAGGCCAUCGAGAUGAGAAUGAGGACAUUUCCACAGAGAAUGAGCAUCAUUUCCACAGCCACAGAAGCCACAGAGAUGAGUACGAAGAUGUCUCCAGUGAAUAUGGGCACCGAGUCCACGGCCACAGGUACCAAGGCCAUGAGGUUGGGGAUGAGAACAUAUCGGAUGAAGACAUCUUCACAGAGCAUGUUCAGCAGGUCCAUGGGUACAGAGGUCAUGGGAAUGAAGACAUGGAUCAUUCUGCUGAGCAUGGGUACCACGCUCCCCGCCACAGCAGCCAUAGCCAUCAAGAUGAGGAUGAAGAUGAGGUUGCCUUCAGUGAACACCACCCUCAUAUCCUCAGGCAUGUCCAUCAUGGAAAAGAAGAAGAGGAUGAUGAAGAUGAUGAUGAUAAUGAUGAGUAUGGGCACCAGGCCCACAGGCACCAAGGCCACAGGAAUGAAGAGAAAGUGGAUGUCUCAGAUGAACACCGCCACCAUGACCCCAGCCAUGGGCAUCAAGGCCACAGAGGAGAAGAUGAUGAUAGAGAAGAAAAUGAUGAUGAAGAUGAGGAUGAUGAGGAUGUCUUCACUGAGCAUGGGCACCAGGCCCACAGGCUCCGAGGUCAUAGGAAUGAAGACGAUGAAGAUGUCUCAUAUGAACACCACCACCAUGUUGCCAGCCACAAGCACCGAGGCCAUGAAGAAGAAGAAGAUGAUGAUGAUGAUGAUGAUAAUGAUGAUGAGUAUGGACAUCAGGCCCAUAGGCUCCAAGGUCACAGGAACAAAGACGAUGAGAAUGUGUCAGAUGAGCAUCACCACUAUGUUGCCAGCCACAAGCACCGAGGCCACGGAGACAAGGAAGAUGAGGAUGUGUCCACUGAACACUGGCACCAGGUUCUAAGACAUGCCUACCCUGGCCUUGGAGAAGAGGAGGAAGAGGAAGAAGAGACGGAGGCGAUCACAGUUAAGUUCAGCCACCAUGUUCCAAGCCACCAACCCCAAGGCCACAAGAGUGAUGAGGAGGAAGAAUUAGCUGAUGAGUAUAAAAAAGCAGUCCCUGGCCAUCACCCCCACAGAGUCCCCAGAGAGAAAGAAGAAGACAUCUCUGCCGAGCUUGGCCAUCAGGCUCCCAGCCACAGACAACAAGGCCACAGAGAUCAAGGGACUGGCCAUGGUCACAGAGGGUCUGUCAAAGAGGAGCUUAACUACCAGCUCCCAGAACACACAGGGGUCAAGGAUAGAAGUCAUUUAAGGAAGGGAGAUUCUGAGGAGGAAGAGGAAGAGGACAAGGAAGAAGACCACAGUUCCCAUAAAGAUGAUGAAGGUUCAGAGCAAGAAAAGGAAGGUGCCCGCCAUGGCAGCCUGGACAAGGAGGAUGAGGAGGACGAGGAGGAAGGCCAUGGCCUCAGCCUGAGCAAGGAGGAGGAAGAGGAAGAAAGGAGGGAAGAGAAAGCUGAGGUUUGGGCCCCACUGAGCCAAGACCACCAGGAAGAGGAAGAAGAGGAGGAAGAGGGGCUGGAGGAAGAUGAGCUUCCCUUCACCAUCAUUCCCAACCCACUGGCCAGUAGGGAGGUGGCUGGAGGUGCUUCCAGUGAAGAGGAGAGUGAUGAAGACACAGGUCCACAAGAUGUCCAGGAAUACAGGAACUACCAGCCAGGGUCCCUGUGUGGCUACUGCUCCUUCUGCAAGCGAUGCACUGAAUGUGAGAACUGUCACUGCGACGAGGAGAACAUGCGCGAGCACUGUGACCAGUGCCAGCACUGCCAGUUCUGCUACCUCUGCCCUCUGGUCUGCGAAACUGUCUGCACUCCAGGAAGCUACGUCGACUACUUCUCCUCGUCCUUGUACCAAGCCCUGACCAACAUGCUGGAAACUCCGGAACCCUGACCCUGGCGUAGACGUACCUCCCCGGCCCAACAAACCCUUUCCAAGGCCAUAUUUAUUUCUCUGAAUAA